AUGAGGGAUGAUUUGGGGUUGGACAGUCAUGUACAGGAAGGGGACACAGUCCAUGUUCUUGCUGAGUUUAAAGACGAUGUUUGUUAUAUCACAGACCAGUCUGGAUUGCUGAUUAUAAAUCCAGAUCUGCUUCUGUCGGGAACUACAGUUGUAUCCAGUGUCUUCUGUAUGAGAAAGUCUAUACUGAAGGAGAAAUUUAAGGGAUGUGACAGUAGAAAUGUGCAGAUGUUAUAUGGAAGUAUCAUCCAUAGUGUUUUUCAGCAGAUGCUGAGGAAAAAAUUGUGCACAGCUGAGGGUAUUAUACAAGAGUCCACAACGAUUGUUAAACAGCUUAGUAAUCUUUUAGAAAUGUAUGCUAAUCAGAUGACUGAAGACAAGGUGAUGGAAGAGAUUAAGAGUUACAUUCCACAGAUGAUUUCUUGGCUUGCACAGUAUACUAGAUUUGGUAGUAGUUUCACAGUAAAAAAACAAAGUGACUCGGAUGUUCAGGUGACCAAAGUUUGUGAUAUUGAGGAAAACAUGUGGUCACCUAGAUAUGGUAUCAAAGGCAAAAUAGAUCUAACAGUUGAAGCCAGAAUCAAAAAUGAGCCGGGUACCACAACAUUGCCAUUAGAACUGAAGACAGGAAAGACGUCUUACUCCGUGGAACAUAAAGGACAGGUGACUCUGUAUUCCAUGAUGUGUGGAGACAGAAGGAAGGACCCCCAAAAAGGCAUGCUGCUAUACCUUAAAGAACCCAGUAUGAAAAUUAUACCAGCUGAUCAUAUACAUCAGAAAGGACUUAUUCAGUUGCGUAAUGAAAUGGCUUACUACAUCUCAAGACAGGUGAUAAAAUCUACAGAGGACAGUGAGCAAAAGACAUUCACACUUGGCAGAUUGCCAGAUCCCAUAUCAAAUAUUCGAGCAUGUCAGAAAUGCCCACAGCUUAUCAACUGUUCAAUAUACCAAAGACAGGUUGAAGGGAGGUCAGCUGAUUCCAGCGGGAUGUCUGGAUUGGUAAAUGAAAGUUUGGGACAUUUGAACUUGGAUCACAUGACAUAUUUUAUCCAAUGGUGUCUCAUGUUAGAUCUAGAAUCACAGCUUGGCCAAUCAAAAAAGACUUUAGCAGACAUAUGGUGUAAAAGUUCUGUGAAGAGGGAGGAAGCAGGACUCUGUCUCAGUGGAAUGGUUUUACUCUCUGAGAGCUGUGAAGAGAUAGGACAAGAUGCAGUUGUACUUACCUUCUCUCGGCAUUCACAAUAUCCCAAGUAUGUUCUUAUCUUGGCUGUAUGA